AUGCUCAGUUCGGUGUGUGUAUCCUCUUUUAAAGGGCGCAAGGGUGGGAACAAGUCGUCCAACAAAGCAUGUUACAGUGCAGACAUGACUUGUCCGUCGGAAAGCGAGAAAAUCGUGAUAAACUGCGGGGGGGUGCGGCAUGAGACCUACCGGAGCACUCUAAAAACGUUGCCCGGUACCCGCUUAUCGUGGCUCACCGAACCGGACGCGUUCAGCAACUUCGACUACGACCCCAAAUUAGACGAGUUCUUCUUCGAUCGCCACCCGUCAGUGUUUUCCUUCAUCCUCAACUAUUACCGCACUGGGAAGUUGCACUGUCCCAACGAUGUGUGCGGUCCCCUGUUUGAAGAGGAGCUGGCAUUCUGGGGCAUCGAUGAGACGGACGUGGAGGCGUGUUGCUGGAUGAAUUACCGGCAGCAUCGGGAUGCGGAGGAGGCACUGGACAGUUUUGAGAAUCCCGAACCGGACGCGCCGGACGACGACCCAGCGCUGGGCGGUGCGGAUGGGGACUUGAAAAGACUGUGCAUGCAGGAGGACGCAAGGAGAGCAGGCUGGUGGAAAACCUGGCAGCCUAGAAUAUGGGCACUGUUUGAAGACCCGUAUUCCUCCAAAUAUGCCCGGUAUGUGGCAUUUGGAUCUCUAUUCUUCAUCCUCAUCUCCAUCUCCACUUUCUGCAUGGAGACACAUGAGGCCUUCAACACCAUCCUCAACAAGACAGAAAACGUCACGGUGGGCAACGUGACCCGUGAGGAGAUUGUAUACGAGGUGGUGACUGACAGCUGGUUGACAUAUGUGGAGGGUGUGUGCGUCAUUUGGUUCACCAUUGAGGUCCUUCUGCGAGUCAUCUUCUGCCCAGACAAACUGGAAUUCUUCAAAAGCAGCCUCAACAUCAUCGACUUUGUCGCCAUCCUGCCCUUCUAUCUGGAGGUGGGCUUGAGUGGUCUGUCCUCCAAAGCUGCCAAGGAUGUCCUGGGGUUCCUCCGUGUCGUCCGAUUCGUCCGUAUCCUCCGAAUCUUCAAGCUGACCCGCCACUUUGUCGGUCUCCGUGUCCUUGGCCACACCCUUCGUGCCAGCACCAACGAAUUCCUCCUGCUCAUCAUAUUCUUAGCUCUUGGUGUCCUUAUCUUCGCCACCAUGAUCUACUAUGCUGAAAGAAUCGGCGCCGACCCAGAUGACCCAACUGCCAGUGCCCACACCAACUUCAAGAACAUCCCCAUUGGAUUUUGGUGGGCCGUUGUGACCAUGACCACACUGGGCUAUGGAGAUAUGUACCCGGAGACGUGGUCAGGGAUGCUGGUGGGUGCGCUGUGUGCCUUGGCUGGUGUGCUGACCAUUGCUAUGCCAGUACCUGUAAUUGUCAACAACUUCGGCAUGUACUACUCCCUGGCCAUGGCCAAACAAAAGCUGCCCAAAAAGAAGAACAAACACAUUCCACGAGCACCCCAACCAGGGUCCCCCAACUACUGCAAGCCAGAUGCCUUGGCAAUGGCUACCGCAUCGCCGCAAAGGAUCUUGGGAAAUGUCCUAGGUGGAGUGAUGGGGUCUGGAGGCAUGGGGGGUGACUGUCCUCUCGCCCAAGAAGAAAUUAUAGAGAUCAACAGAGACUCCAAGCAGAAUGGUGAUGCAGCCUCGGCCGCCUUGGCUAACGAGGACUGCCCCACCAUCGACCAGGUGCUGAGCCCAGACGAGAGGAGCCCUAUGGGGCGAGGGCCUACCCGGGAACGCUACCAACAGGACCGCGCCUGCUUCCUGCUCAACACCAGGGAAUUCCGAGCCACAGAUGGGAAUGUGCGGAAAGAGGCAGCAGCCCUGGCACCCAGCCCAGACUCCCCUCUGACUGAGGAUUGGUAUAAGAUGGAAGGGUCUCUGUUACAGCAGGACCUCAAUGCAAACUCCACCUCCUCCUGGAUCAAACCAUAGACCAGAGUGCUAAGUUUCUAGCAUUCGCCUUCUCUCUAAUGAGGAGUCAGUAACCGGUAAACACAAAAUUGCGGCAGGAGCCACGUAAGCGACAAGUCUGACAUGGAUGGACAAUUUUAAGGAGAUCUUUGGGGUGACAAGAGAGAGACCAGAGGUUAAUCAUGAAUUAGAAAAAAAAAAUCACAUGGUCUGCUCCUCACGUUGUUACCAAAGCAGCCUCUCGGAACUCCGACCACACUUUUGACAGCUGUCAGACAGACAGACCCCUCUCCCUCCCAUUCCCUUUUUUCUGGCAAACUGACUGAGCAUUGCACUGACACACUUUGGGAGAGAAAAGGACUCCUGAUUACACAUUCCAGAUGACAUCACUCUGACAACAUUAUACUCGCCAUCUUUUACGAUGACCAACUCAGUACCGUCUACAGUGCUGAACAACUGAGCAACUUCACAAGUUUCCGGAAAAAAACAAACAAACCCACUUGUCUUCACAAAGGACUGAAUGAACAAUGUAGCAUCUCUGCUAACAUAUUGUAGCAUUUGUUGGCUGGGAAAUAACUUGACUUAACCCAUCAAUGGUUCGAAGAGAGAGGAAUAUAUGCAUUCAAUGGAUCUUUUAGAUGUCAUUUUCCUCUUGGGUUCCUUUUCAGUGAAGAAAAAAAAAUUGAGUACAUGAGAGACAAAGGAUUGGUCUUACUCAGUAAAACACUUGACAUUCCCAAAGAAGAGAUGCACUAAAUACAAACUGUGUGUAUGAAAUCAAUCACAGUUGCACAGUAUUUAACAAGUCCCAUAUAAAAGUCCCUCAUUCAAGUUUAGCACUUGUAUAGCAGUCAUGUUUGCCACUUAACAUAUGUCUUCCAUUCACUUAUAUCAGACUGAAACACUGCCCUCCCCACAAGGUAAAGAGAUAAUCAAAAGCAGAUGUUGAACAAAUGAAGCACAUGUAGCAUCAGCUCAAACAGGUCAUGUACAGCAUCCACUGUACAUUUAGACUCACCUGAAAUAUUUGCCAGGAGAAAAAUGUUGG